AUGAAGUUCAUUGUCAUCGCCCUCCUCGUGGUAACCUUUACCAUCGAAGUUCUCGCCGCUGAUUGCUUCAAGAUACCUUUCCAAUGCACCGUCGAUGACAAUUUUGGUAAAGACAACAAAAAAGACAAAAAGAAACACAAGCCCCACAUCGAGGAAGAGGAACUUGACGCCAUGCCCAGUGAGGUCCGCAAAGACGUCAUCAAAGCCAUCGCCGACUAUAAUGCCAACCCUGGCGCAAAGAUCACCCUCUCCAAAGCCGUCGCAGACUAUGUCGCCAAGAUCGAUCCCAAGGUCGCUCGCCGCCAACUCGUCAAUCCCGUCGACGACUCCAAGUACUGGCUCAGCAUUGACACCCCGGAGGAAUACGUCCGCCUAAUGAACGGGGCAAGACACAACUGGGGUUGGGGUUCAGUAAAAAAAGCCAUCACCAACUCUGCUGCCAAGAUCGCUCCCCGUCAAAUGAAUAUCCCCGCGAACGAGCGAUUGUUCUGGGUCGACAUGGACACCCCCGAUAAAUGGCGUCAAACGCUUCACAAGAAAUGUCCCAACUGGGGUGGUUACACAGGCCCGUGGGGCACUGAUGCGGAAUACUCCAAAAUACUUGCCUUGAAUUGUAACGGCUGGAAUGGGCGCCCGGACAUCCCAGACAGCGCCCACCCAACUAUCACGCUCCCUUCCUGUAUCUCCUCCAAGGACUCCUCCCAGGAGUUCUUCCAGGAGGAGCCGUACUUUAUGAAAUUCAUCACCCCCAACGGAUUCCGCCAACUGCUUGCCUUGCAAUGUAACGGUUGGGACGGGAGGCCAGGCAAGAGGGUCUCCAUUAGGGAAUACGAACACAUGUUUUUCGAGAAAUGUAACGGCUGGACCGGGCAUCCGGCCAUAGGAAACAAGGCCCGCUCUGAGCAGCAGGAGGAUGAGGAUGUCGUGGUGCUUCAGGAUGGAGAGGGCGAGAGGGAGUGUGAGGAGGGUGAUGAACAUUGUUUCAACGUCAGUGUCACCACCCAGCCAGCUUUGCUUACUUAG